AGACCCAAAAGUGGGGUUCAUGGGCCUGGUAUAAAUAGUCACGGAAUUACUCUACGAAAUCAAUCUCAGUUUAAGACUCAUCUUUAUACGGACUUUGUUGAAGAGUUUGUAAUUUUAAAAAUUACCAUGAAGUUCAUUAUUAUUUCUUUGGCCGUAAUUGCCGCAGUAUCUGCUCAGCAGUACGCCGAGCAAACCCAACCACCGAUCCCAAUCGUCAAACAGAGCCAGGACGUGUCACCCGACGGUAAUUACAAAUACGAAUACGAAACUGGCAACGGUAUCCAGGCUCAAGAGACCGGAACAUUGGUAAACGGUCCAGAAGGACCUGCUGUCGUCGCUCAAGGAGCAUACCGGUACACAGAUGAUCAAGGUAACAUCUUCCAAGUGACCUACCUCGCCGACGAGAACGGAUUCCAGCCACAAGGUGACCACCUUCCGGUAGCUCCUCCAAUUCCGGAAGCCAUCCAACGUUCUCUUGAGUACAUCAGAACCCACCCUCAACCACAAGAACAAUGAUUGAAGAGUCAUUAAGCAAUGUUGUAAAUUUACUAAUAUCGAAAGU